GAGGGACGAAGGGGGAGGGGAGGGGAGGGGAGGGACGAGGGACGAGGGACGAGGGAUGGAUCCAGAAAUCCAGAUCAUCCAAUACACGGCACGGUCCACAUACAUUCAUUCCACGCUAAAGGAGGGGCGCUACCGUAAAAUUGAUUCAACAAUGACCCCACCAACUAUAUGUCCCCCUCCCCUCCGUUUCUUCCUUUUCCUACAUAAACAAUCAAGUCUCCCUCGACAAAGUCAUCUCAAGAAUCAUCAAAAUAAUCAUACAAAAUGGCUCCUACUAAAGUUGGUAUCAACGGUUUCGGACGUAUCGGACGUAUCGUCUUCAGAAAUGCUAUUGAGCAUGAUGACAUUGACAUCGUCGCUGUCAACGACCCUUUCAUCGAGACUGAAUAUGCCGCAUACAUGUUGAAGUAUGAUUCCACCCACGGUCAAUUCAAGGGUGACAUCAAGGUCCUUGCCGAUGGAUUGGAGGUCAAUGGCAAGAAGGUCAAGUUCUACACCGAGAGAGACCCAGCCAACAUCCCAUGGGCUGAGUCUGAGGCAUACUACGUCGUCGAGUCCACCGGUGUUUUCACCACCACCGAGAAGGCCAAGGCACAUUUGAAGGGUGGUGCCAAGAAGGUUGUUAUCUCUGCUCCUUCUGCCGAUGCCCCAAUGUACGUUAUGGGUGUCAACAACGAGACCUACACUGGUGAUGUUGAUGUUAUCUCCAACGCCUCUUGCACAACCAACUGCUUGGCUCCUCUCGCCAAGGUCAUCAACGAUGAGUUCACCAUCAUUGAAGGUUUGAUGACCACCAUCCACUCCUACACCGCUACCCAAAAGACCGUUGAUGGUCCAUCCGCUAAGGAUUGGCGUGGAGGACGUACCGCUGCUCAAAACAUCAUCCCAUCGAGCACCGGUGCUGCCAAGGCUGUCGGAAAGGUCAUCCCAGUCCUUAACGGCAAACUCACCGGAAUGUCCAUGCGUGUUCCAACUGCCAACGUCUCAGUUGUUGACUUGACUGUCCGCAUUGAGAAGGGUGCUUCUUACGAUGAGAUCAAGGCCGUCAUCAAGAAGGCUGCUGAUGGUCCUCUCAAGGGCAUAUUGGCUUACACUGAGGACGAUGUUGUCUCCACUGACAUGAACGGUGACAACCACUCCUCCAUCUUCGAUGCCAAGGCUGGUAUCUCCCUCAACGCAAACUUCGUCAAGUUGGUUUCCUGGUACGACAACGAGUGGGGUUACUCUCGUCGUGUCCUUGAUCUCCUCCACUACAUCUCCAAGGUUGAUAACAAGCAGUAGGAGAUUUUUGCUCAGUCUUUAGGAAGUAGUCAAGACUCUGACCACCAUUUGGCAGAGAAUUCUUGAAAGGCAAGCUCUGAUACCAUGUCAGAUGCCAAAUUUCAUUAAAAUGAAUAGUUAUUACCGAGUAACGAUAAAUGCCUUAUGAUAGCGUUAAGAAUGAAAACAAGCUCAAGAACAUGCUAUUGUCUUUAUGUGAAGUUCUUGCAUUUCACAUGUUCUGAUAUUGAUGUGAAUUAUGUAACCACGAUUUCCGCUUCCA